CGGCGAGCGGGGCGGCGGGCGGCGCGGGGCGGCCUCUCCGACGGCGCGGGGCGGCCUCAGCCCCGGCGGGGGGCGAGGAGAGCGGCGGCUCUGCAGGCGCGGAGGACGAGGGGCGCCGGGGGGGCGGUGAGGAGCCGGAGCGGUGCCAUCCAGCCCAGCAUGGCAGAGGACGGGCAGGCCGGCGGCUGCCCCGCCGGGAGGUACGCGGGCGGUUGCGAGAGCGCGCAGUGCAACGUGCUGAGCUGGGAGCAAGUGCAGCGCCUGGACCGCAUCCUCAGCGAGACCAUCCCCAUCCACGGCCGCGGCAACUUCCCCACGCUGGCCAUGCAGCCCCGGCAGAUCGUCAAGGUGGUGCGGAGCCGGCUGGAGGAGAAGGGCAUCGGGCUGAGGGACGUGCGGCUCAACGGCUCGGCCGCCAGCCACGUCCUCCACCAAGACAGCGGCCUGGGCUACAAGGACUUGGACCUCAUCUUCUGCGCCGACCUCAAAGGGGAAGCCGAGUUUCAGACUGUCAAGGACGUGGUCUUGGACUGCCUCUUGGAUUUCUUGCCCGAGGGGGUGAACAAGGAGAAGAUCACGCCGCUUACCCUCAAGGAAGCCUACGUGCAGAAAAUGGUAAAGGUAUGCAAUGAUUCUGACCGGUGGAGUCUCAUCUCCUUGUCCAACAACAGCGGCAAGAACGUGGAGCUGAAAUUUGUGGACUCUCUGAGGCGGCAGUUCGAAUUCAGCGUCGACUCCUUUCAAAUCAAGCUGGACUCCCUGCUGCUUUUUUAUGAAUGCUCGGAGAACCCAAUGACUGAAACCUUUCACCCGACUAUCAUCGGUGAGAGCGUCUAUGGGGAUUUCCAAGAAGCUUUCGAUCACCUCUGCAACAAGAUAAUUGCCACCAGAAACCCAGAAGAGAUUAGAGGAGGGGGUCUGCUCAAGUACUGCAACCUUUUGGUAAGGGGCUUUAGGGCUGCCUCCGAGUCCGAGAUUAAGUCCCUGCAGAGAUACAUGUGCUCGAGGUUUUUCAUUGACUUCUCAGACAUUGGAGAGCAGCAGAGGAAGCUGGAGUCCUACUUGCAGAACCACUUUGUGGGAUUAGAGGACCGCAAGUAUGACUAUCUCAUGACCCUCCACGGUGUGGUGAAUGAGAGCACAGUGUGCCUGAUGGGACAUGAGAGGAGACAGACGCUGAAUCUGAUCACCAUGCUGGCCAUCCGGGUCCUAGCUGAGCAAAAUAUCAUCCCCAAUGUGGCCAAUGUCACCUGCUAUUACCAGCCAGCCCCAUAUGUAGCAGAUGCUAACUUCAGCAAUUACUAUAUUGCCCAGGUUCAGACGGUGUUCCCGUGCCAGCAGCACACAUACUCUACUUGGCUGCCCUGUAAUUAAGGACCGAAAUUAGUAGACCUGGUGGGGAGAACGUUUUCUAACACGUAGAAGUGGGCCCUGUGCCCCUUUGAAAUGGGGUGUUUUGUGCAAUGGUGAUCUGCUCUGGUUUUCAAGCUUGGUAAAAGCCUGUGGUUCUUCUAAUAAACAACGGGAGCAUGAUCUAGAAAGAACCCCAAAAUAAUUGGAUCCUACCCCAGAGCACAAGAGGCCUGUCAUUAAAAGCAACCAGCUUCCCCUGAAAUAAGCGAGGGAGGAAUGCUUGAUGACAAUAUGGGUUGGCAGUAUCUGCUCCCAUAGCUUUGGCAUAGAGAAGGUGGGAAAGCCUUAUUUUCUUUUAUUUUUAUCCUUACUCUAGAAUGGGAUCUGCAAAAGGGAGAAUUACGAAAGAAACAAACAAAAAAAAACAACAAAAAGAAAAAAAAUACAAAAAACAAUUCCAUAUAUAUAUUCAGGAAUUAAAAGUAGAGGCAUAAAGCAGAGAUAAGCUGAAUAAAAAUGUAUAUUGGAAUUACUGCAUUUGGGGCUUGCAGCAAGUGCCGUCUGUGGAUUGACCGUGUAGAAUGUAUAGCUUGCUUGAAUAGAGAAUGCUUUACCAGAAACAGCUUGCUCCAAAUGAACAGUAGUAGAUUGGUACAGUUAUAAAAACAGAAACACGUACGAUGACAAAGUCCAUUAUUUCCAGCUGUGUGUGCAUGCCUCACAUUUUAAAAAUGUGAGAAUGCAGGGAAACCAGCUGUGGCAAACAAAAUAUGCUCAAGGACCAAAGAUUUCACAAAUAAGUUAUCCGAGCAAAGAA